AUGACAAAAUUAGAAUUUAGAUUUAAAGAACAUGUAAAAGAAUGUGAUUAUUUCUAUUCUUCAGGUAAUCCAUUAUUAAAAUUACCAAAAUGGAAGCCAUUGAAAGAUGAAAAUGGUGAUUUGAUAAAAGAUGAAAAUGGUCAACCUAAAUUUGUUAAACCAGUACUUGAAUUUAAAAAAGGAAAGGCACAAGAGAAAAUACCAAUAGUUAUAUAUUCAGAUUUUGAAUGUUUAAGUUAUAAAAUUAAAGAUGAAAGAGAAAAUACAAAUCCUGAUUUGAAAACAAUAAAAAUUAAUAAACAUAAGCCUUAUGAAUUUACUAUAUUUGCAAUAGGAGAAGAUUAUAAAAGUUUGAGACAUUAUACAGGUGAUAAUGAAGAAAUAACGACAGAAACUUUUAUAAAUUAUAUUUUUGAAGAACAAGAUAAAAUUGUCGAAUAUCUUGAAAAACAAAUUGAUGAAUUUGGAAAAUUACAAAAAUUGAGUUUAGAAGAAGAGAAUAUAUUUAAAAAUUCCGAAAAUUGUAUUUUUUGUAAUAAAUUAAUCAAAGACAAUAAUAUUAAAGUACGGGAUCAUUGUCAUAUUACUGGAAAAUUUAGAGGUGCUGCUCAUAGAAAUUGUAAUAUUAACGCUAAAAUAUCAAAAGAAAUACCAGUUUAUUUACAUAAUGGUUCUAAAUAUGAUUUCAAAUUAUUUACAAAAAAAUUAUAUGCAAGAAAAGAUAUAAAUAAACUAGAUAUUAUACCAAGUACAGAAGAAACAUUCUUUUGUAUAUCAGCGAAAAAAUCUGGUCAAUAUACAAAAGUAGUAUUCAAAGAUACAAUAAGACAUACAGGUGAAACACUUGAAAAAAUGGCUGGAAAUUUAACAUCUGAUUUAUUUAAAAAUGUAAGAUGGUAUUAUAAAGAUAUAUCAGAAGAAAUGUUCAAUAUAAUUACAAGUAAAGGUGUAUUUCCUUAUGAUUGGAUGGAUACUUUCGAUAAAUUGAAUUAUGAAAAGCUUCCUAAUAUUGAAUGUUUCAAAAAUAAAUUAUUAGAUAAAGAUUUGGAGGAAGCUAAAUAUGAAAUAGCUAAAAGAGUUUGGGAAUAUUUUAAAUGUGAAAAAUUCGCAGAUUAUUCAACAAUUUAUAAUAUCUGUGAUACUUUAUUAUUAGCUGAUUGUUUUGAAAAUUAUAGAAAUAUUGCAUUUAGAACUUAUAAAUUAGAUCCUGCACAUUUUUUAAGUGCACCAGCUUUAAGUUAUUCAGCAAUGUUAUUAAAAUUAAAAGAAAAAGAUAUCAAACCUGAAUUAAUUACUGAUCAUGAUAUGUUAAUGUUAAUUUAUAAAGGUAUAAGAGGUGGAUUAUCUUGUAUAAAUAAAAGACAUGUAAAAGGAAAUAAUAAAUAUAUGAAAGGUUAUGAUAAAAACAAACCAUCAUCAUAUAUAAUACCUUUAGAUGCAAAUAAUUUAUAUGGAUAUGCAAUGUCUUUCAGAUUACCUUAUAAAGAUUUUAAAUGGUUAAGUAGAAAAGAAAUUAAUGAAUUAGAUAUUUUGAAACUUGAUAAAGAUUCUGAAAUUGGAUAUAUUUUCAAUGUGGAUCUUGAAUAUCCGAAAGAAUUACAUGAUUUACAUAAUGAUUACCCAUUUAUACCUAUUUGUAAAGAAGUUAAAGAAAAAGAUUUAUCAAAUUAUCAAAUAGAAUUAUAUAAGUUACAUUAUUCAAAUAAUUUUAAAACAGAUAAUUCAGAUAAAAAUAUAAGUAUACACUCACCUGAAAGAAAAGAUGGAAAUGUGAUAAAAUAUCAAAGUUCUGGUAAAUUAAUUGCGAGUUUAGAAGAUAAAAAUAGGGUGACAUUACAUUAUUUAACUUUGAAACAAGCUUUAGAAAAUGGUUUGAAAUUAAAGAAAAUACACAAAGGUAUAAAAUUUACACAAGCACCUAUUCUCAAAGAAUAUAUUGAUUUAAAUACAAACUUAAGAACACUUGCUAAAAAUGAAAAUAAAGCAGCUUAUGCUGUGGGUAGAUAUAAUUUUAAACGUGAAACAAUCAUUGAUGAAAAUUUAACAGCUAUUCAUUUUACAAAAACUAAAGUAGAAUUUGAUAAACCAAUAUAUUUAGGAUUUUCAAUAUUAGAAAUUUCAAAAUAUAUAAUGUAUGAUUUUGUAUAUAAUGUAGUUAAAAAGAUAUGGGGUAAAAAUGCUGAAAUAAUACAAACAGAUACUGAUGGGAUAUUAUUACAUAUUAUAACAGAUGACUUCUACAAAGAUAUUAAACCACAUAUUGAAAAAUAUUUUGAUACAUCAGAUUAUGAAAAAGAAAAUCUUAUGGAUAUACCUGUAGGUUUAAAUAAAAAGAAAUUGGGUUGUUUUAAAGAUGAAUCUAAUGGAAAAGUUAUUAAUGAAUUUAUUGGAUUAAGAUCAAAAAUGUAUACAUAUUUUACUGAAAAUGAUGAUGAAAUUAUACAAAAAGCUAGAACUAAAGGUAUUCCAAAACAUAAACGUGAUUACUUUGAUAAAGAUAUAUGGAUUAAAACAUUAUAUGAUAGUAAAUUAAUAACUUGUAAAUUUCAAAAAAUAGGAUCUAACAAAUUGAACAUAGUUUUUAUAGUAAAUAGAAAUAUAGAAUUGAUAUUGGAUAAAGAAAAUGAAAUUUUAGGAAAAGGUAUUCUAUCAGAUAAUUUGAAAUCAUUAGGUAGAAAAAUGUUAAAAGGUUCAAAGUAUAUGAUGAAUAAUUAUUUUUAUCCAACUGGUAAAAAAUUAAUAGAUGCAAAUUUAUCUAAAAGUAAAAAUAUUGUUAAUGAAACAGGAAAAGAAUUUAUUACGAAUUUAAUUGAUAAUCCUAAAGAUAUCUCUGAUAAUACUAAGAAAUCAUUGAAUAAUUUGAAAAAUAGAUUGAAAGAUUCAUAUAAAGGUUCAAGUUUAAAUGCAUCAAAUAAAAAAUUUCUUAAAGAUUUAAUUUAUAAAGGUUCUGGUAUAAAUAUUAUUAAAAAUAAUUCAAAUAAAUGA